AUGCUCUACAAACUCAUCAACACGCGCAUGUCCGCCAAGCCCACCGGCACCGUCAUCGUCGCCCUGGACAAAACCCGCCCUUUCAUCUUCAACGGCACAGAGUACCCAGGCGUCUACUACGACCUCGUCGAGAACCCCCUCGCCUCCUACAUUGGCGCCGUCGACUUCCUCGACUCAUACCCUCUGAAACUGCUCAAAGACUUCACAACCAGCGAGCUAACCCUCUACGAAUCGCUCCUCCCCUCCCUCGCCCCCAGCGUUCCCGGCGCGCCACAGCGUGAUACGGGGUACGUCUGGCAAUACCUCCUUCUUGCUGCCAUGUCGCAGGAUCGGGUGAAGCAGGUGCUGGAGCAUAUCAAGGGACCGGUUGGCAAGGAGGUGGAGAGGUUGAGGGGGAAGUGUAGUGAUGAGCUGAUCAAGGGAAUGCGGGAGAAGAGGGCGAGGGAGUGGGAUGAGUGUGUUGAGGGGUUGGAGAGGGUGGGUGGAUUGCAGGGCAGGGCGAUGAGGGCCUUUGGGGAGAUGUGGGUGAAGAGGGAGCCUAAAGUCAAGCAGGAGGGCCAGGCGUGA